AUGGAAGCAGACCAACAAGAGAAGUACGGCAAGGAGGAGAUCGUCAAACCCCAGAAGAAGGAGACGAGGAACAACAAAGAGACCUUCCCCAGAGACGACAACCAGGUCCACCUUCCCCAGAGACGACAACCAGGUCCACCUUCCCAGAGACGACAACCAGGUCCACCUUCCCCAGAGACGACAACCAAGAGACGACAACCAGGUCCACCUUCCCCAGAGACGACAACCAGGUCCACCUUCCCCAGAGACGACAACCAAGUCCACCUUCCCCAGAGACGACAACCAGGUCCACCUUCCCCAGAGACGACAACCAAGUCCACCUUCCCCAGAGACGACAACCAGGUCCACCUUCCCCAGAGACGACAACCAAGUCCACCUUCCCCAGAGACGACACCCAGGUCCACCUUCCCCAGAGACGACAACCAGGUCCACCUUCCCCAGAGACGACAACCAAGUCCACCUUCCCCAGAGACGACAACCAGGUCCACCUUCCCAGAGACGACAACCAGGUCCACCUUCCCCAGAGACGACAACCAGGUCCACCUUCCCCAGAGACGACAACCAAGUCCACCUUCCCCAGAGACGACAACCAGGUCCACCUUCCCCAGAGACGACACCAGGUCCACCUUCCCCAGAGACGACAACCAGGUCCCUUCCCCAGAGACCUUUUCCCAGAGACGACAACCAGGUCCACCUUCCCCAGAGACGACAACCAAGUCCACCUUCCCCAGAGACGACAACCAGGUCCACCUUCCCCAGAGACGACAACCCAGGUCCACCUUCCCCAGAGACGACAGAGACCAGGUCCACCUUCCCCAGAGACGACAACCAAGUCCACCUUCCCCAGAGACGACACCCAGGUCCACCUUCCCCAGAGACGACACCCAGGUCCACCUUCCCCAGAGACGACAACCAGGUCCACCUUCCCCGACAACCAGGUCCACCUCCCCAGAGACGACAACCAAGUCCACCUUCCCCAGAGACGACAACCAGGUCCACCUUCCCCAGAGACGACAACCAGGUCCACCUUCCCCAGAGACGACAACCAGGUCCACCUUCCCCAGAGACGACAACCAGGUCCACCUUCCCCAGAGACGACAACCAGGUCCACCUUCCCCAGAGACGACAACCAGGUCCACCUUCCCCAGAGACGACAACCAGGUCCACCUUCCCCAGAGUCCACCAGGUUCCCCAGAGACGACAACCAGGUCCAGGACGACAACCAGGUCCACCUUCCCCAGAGACGACAACCAGGUCCACCUUCCCCAGAGACGACACCCAGGUCCACCUUCCCCAGAGACGACACCCAGGUCCACCUUCCCCAGAGACGACAACCAGGUCCACCUUCCCCAGAGACGACAACCAGGUCCACCUUCCCCAGAGACGACAACCAGGUCCACCUUCCCCAGAGACGACGACAACCAGGUCCACCUUCCCCAGAGACGACAAACCAGGUCCACCUUCCCCAGAGACGACACCCAGGUCCACAGAGACGACAACCAGGUCCACCUUCCCCAGAGAGACGACAGAGACGACAACCAAGUCCACCUUCCCCAGAGACGACACCCAGGUCCACCUUCCCCAGAGACGACAACCAAGUCCACCUUCCCCAGAGACGACAACCAGGUCCACCUUCCCCAGAGACGACAACCAGGUCCACCUUCCCCAGAGACGACACCCAGGUCCACCUUCCCCAGAGACGACAACCACCUUCCCCAGAGACGACAACCAGGUCCACCUUCCCCAGAGAGACGACAACCAGGUCCACCUCCACCUUCCCAGAGACGACAACCAAGUCCACCUUCCCCAGAGACGACAACCAGGUCCACCUCCCCCAGAGACGACAACCAGGUCCACCUUCCCCAGAGACGACAACCAGGUCCACCUUCCCCAGAGACGACAACCAGGUCCACCUUCCCCAGAGACGACAACCAGGUCCACCUUCCGCUUCGUACAAAACUCCCUCGGUCGAGGAAGGGCAACAGUACCCACUGCUGGAGCAAUAAGAGUCAUCUCCAGUGGAUAGAGUUGCUCUCAAGAUACAGCACAAACUCUCAAGAGCCAAUCACCCCACUGGAGCUCCUCGUGACGACAGUGUUCCACCGGAGCUCCACGUGGAGCAUUGUUCUGUUCACCAGGAUCAGCAAACAGUUUCCACAGGACUACGAUUCAAUCACAUUAAACAAAUGUUCAGCCGUGUACUCGGGGCCGACGUAUAUAGGACCUCCUGUCUCGGAAUUACUGUUAUUCAUGAACGCAGACUGGCAACAUACCCACUGCCAUUAG